CGUUAGUAGGGUUGCCAAGGAACAGCGCGGUGGACGCCGAAAAGGCAGUGGGAGGUCGUCAUGGCGUCCACGGCGGACUCGCUGUGGGAGGACCGGGAUGUCCGCUUCGACAUCUCCUCGCAACAAAUGAAAAUGAGAGCAGGAGAAAUUCUCAUUGACUGUUUGGAUUCUAUUGAAGAUACCAAAGGAAACAAUGGAGAUAAAGGUAGACUCUUGGUAACAAACUUACGGAUUAUCUGGCACUCAAUAGCACUACCUAGAGUCAAUCUCUCUGUUGGUUAUAAUUGUUUUGUGAAUAUAACAACAAGGAUGGCUAACUCGAAAUUAAGAGGCCAGACAGAAGCACUUUAUAUAUUAACCAGAUGCAACGCCACCCGUUUUGAAUUCAUAUUUACCAACGUGGUUCCUGGCAGUCCCAGACUUUUUACAUCAGUUAUAGCUGUACACAGAGCGUAUGAAACAUCAAAAAUGUACCGUGAUCUUAAACUGAGAUGUGCAUUAAUUCAGAACAAGCAGUUAAGAUUGUUACCAAAGGAACAAGUAUAUGACAAAAUCAAUGGCGUCUGGAAUUUAUCUAGUGAUCAGGGAAAUCUGGGUACCUUUUUCAUUACAAAUGUGAGAAUAGUGUGGCAUGCUAAUAUGAAUGAUAGCUUUAACGUGAGCAUACCAUAUCUACAAAUUCGCUCGGUGAAGAUCAGAGACUCAAGGUUUGGCUUGGCGCUUGUCAUUGAAAGUUCUCAGGCGACCGGAGGGUAUGUCCUUGGAUUUAAAAUCGACCCAGCUGAAAAACUGCAGGAAGCAGCCAAGGAAAUAAAUUCAUUGCAUAAGGUCUAUUCCGUGAAUCCUAUAUUUGGAGUGGAUUAUGAAAUGGAAGAAAAGCCUCAGCGACUAGAAGACCUGACAGUGGAACAAGUGCAGGAUGAUGUAGAGAUAGAGUCAGAUGAGCACACAGAUGCCUUUGUGGCUUAUUUUGCCGAUGGUAACAAGCAACAGGAUCGUGAACCAGUUUUUUCUGAAGAGCUGGGACUUGCAAUAGAGAAACUGAAGGAUGGAUUCACCCUGCAGGGACUCUGGGAAGUAAUGGGUUGACCUUAAUUUUAACAAUAUGCACAGUCUGUAAAAGUCAUACCUCAGUACUUUUUAUGAAGCUGCUUCUACAUGUUUUAGUGAGAUUAAUAUAUUUCAAAAUAUUAAAAUAAAUUAUGUACAGUGGAUAGUUUAUAAGAAGAUAUAAUUAUAUCAUAUAUAUUUAUGCAGUAUAUUGUGUAUGUAUUUGUACAUAGUGCUGGGCAGCCCCAUCCACAAGCCGGGAGCCCAGCUGCCACCCCCAACAAGGCUUCCCAGUAGCAUAGGGAAGUCAAAAAGCUUCCCUGCCACUAAGAAGCCCCAAUGGGCCAAAAGCCUGGCUUAAGUACAGACUGUGGCCCACUGGUGUACCACCAGCAAAGGCCGGGAGUCAACUGACUAAUGUUGGCUGCUCCCCAGCCCCUGCUAUAUCAGUGGUGGAGGUGCGCUGUGGCAGUGUCCUCUGCUGCAUCCCACUGCUGGGGGAGGGCGGCCGCACGGCAGUGGUUUCACCCCUCUGCCAGGGCGAGUGCCCCAGAGAGGACAAAUCUACCGGUGUGGCUGCCCUGCUGCUUCCAGAAGAGGAUUCACCCCCACCCCUUCGGAUGGGACUCUUUAAUGCUUAAAUUUCAAAUUAUUUGCUUAAUUAGGACAAGUGUUGAUUUGCUAGUGACUGUAACUACAAGUAUUUAAGGAAAUGCAAUGUCAGAAUUUGUAUUUCUGAAUAAUCACUGCCACUGUGGUACAGAGAGUGUUUUGGAAAGUAUUUUCCAACUGUGACUUAAUCAUUAAAUCUUAUUCUUAGCUAAUCCCACAGAGGUAUGAGACAUCUCAUUAUUUUAGAAGUAUUCUGGGAGUGGAUAUCAGCUUCCAUGCUCUUUUUGCAUUUAUGAAAUCUGUUAACAAGUUUGGCAAGUUUUGAACUUCGUUGUUGCCCGUACCUUUUUAAUCUACUUACUGUAUUUAUUUUUUUGCUAUUUUUAUCAGUUAAUUUAAACGUAAAGCUUUUACCAUAUUUGCUUUGAUUGUACUUAAACUUUUACUAUACUUGAAACGUUAACAAUAUUUGCUGAUUCUUUGCCAGUAACAAGGUAGCUAUCAGUUUAUAUCCAGUAAAGUGAGUAAUAACUAAGUGUAUGACUUCUUUUGUUUAUUUCUGUUACCUUUUCCUAUGUCCCACUGAAUUAACAAAAUGUAUCAAACAUAUUAACCCAGAAAUAAAUCUAAUUGAUACCA